UUUUAUUUCGUUUGCUUCAUUCUGAAAAAAGUAAGAACAUGGUAAUCUCUUUGAGCAAUGCAGAAGUUACUAAUUUUAUCAUUUUAAGGAUCACCUCUAGGUGACCACGCAAGCUUUAUGUCCAAAGGGGGUGUUUUUGUUACUUUAGGUUGCUUAAAACGGUUAAAAGGAUGCAAGCUUGUAGCUAAAAAAUUCUACAUUGUUCCUAUAAAUUCCCCCAUCAACAUGCCUUAAUGCUCACCAAACAUUCAAUUAGCUUACUUCAGCAUUAUAGCAAGAAUAUACUAUGGCUCUGAGUAAGAUUUUACCUCUUCUUUUCUGUCUCGUGGGCUUAGCCCUUGUGCAUCCUUCCCACGCUCAAAACUCACCACAAGACUACCUCAACGCUCACAACGCAGCUCGUUCACAGGUGACUGUAGCAAAUAUUAUAUGGGACAACACGGUAGCAGCCUAUGCUCUAAACUAUUCCAAUUCCAGGAUCAGCAAUUGCAACCUCGUGCAUUCUAACGGCCCUUAUGGUGAGAACCUAGCCAAGGGAAGUGGCUCUUUCACAGGUACUGCAGCAGUGAACUUGUGGGUGGCAGAGAAACCUUACUAUGACAAUGCAUCCAAUUCUUGUGUUGGAGGGCAAUGCUUGCACUACACUCAAGUCGUUUGGCGCAAUUCAGUUCGUGUGGGGUGUGCCAGGGUCCAAUGCACCAAUGGCUGGUGGUUUGUUUCUUGUAACUAUGAUCCUCCAGGCAACUAUAUUGAGGAACGCCCUUACUAAGGAAUCCUCGAGUUGCCUCAAAAUAAGAGAAUGUAGCCACAAAGAAAAAAACAAAUCAAAAACUUGAACGGUAUGAAUUAGUAAUGAGAAAUAAUAAUGCCUUUGAUGAGUGAGCACUGAUCUCACUUUAGUCACGACAAUCUUUCAAUUGCUACACCACAUUCUCGCCGUAUAUUUUGUUUCCUUCCAAGGUACUUUUGCUGUUUUAAUUGAAUAAA